GCAGCAACCCAGUUAUAUUGUUACACGUGUCAUGUACGAGCCGUUACCUACAGAUGGAUGGUUCCACUUAUAGAUACACCUUCUAUUAGUAAUCCGUAAAACCUAGAAAUCGAAAGAAGCAGAUCUAGAUCCAUUUUUCUUUUCAUCCAGGAGAGCGUCUUCAUAAACGCCUCCGAUUCUUCUUCGUCUUCCCCGCGAAUCUAGCUUUUAGAUCUUUCUUCUCCGAAUCGAAAAUGAGGGAGUGCAUCUCGAUCCACAUUGGUCAGGCUGGUAUUCAGGUCGGAAAUGCCUGUUGGGAGCUUUACUGCCUUGAACAUGGCAUUCAGCCGGAUGGACAGAUGCCGUCUGAUAAAACAGUUGGCGGAGGCGACGAUGCUUUCAACACCUUCUUCAGUGAAACCGGUGCAGGAAAGCACGUCCCACGUGCUGUGUUUGUCGACCUUGAGCCCACUGUGAUCGAUGAGGAAAUUGUUGAUCUGUGCUUGGACCGUAUCAGAAAGCUCGCUGAUAACUGUACUGGUCUCCAAGGAUUCCUCGUCUUCAACGCUGUUGGUGGAGGCACUGGAUCUGGUCUUGGAUCUCUUCUCCUUGAGCGACUCUCUGUCGACUAUGGGAAAAAGUCCAAGCUUGGUUUCACAGUUUACCCAUCUCCACAGGUCUCUACGUCUGUUGUUGAGCCUUACAACAGUGUCCUCUCCACCCACUCGCUCUUGGAGCACACCGAUGUCUCUAUCCUCCUCGACAAUGAAGCUAUCUACGACAUCUGCAGACGCUCCCUAAGCAUUGAGAGGCCCACCUACACCAACCUCAACCGUCUCGUCUCUCAGGUGAUCUCAUCCUUGACUGCUUCGUUGAGGUUCGAUGGUGCUUUGAACGUUGACGUCACUGAGUUCCAGACCAACUUGGUCCCAUACCCAAGAAUCCACUUCAUGCUUUCGUCCUACGCACCAGUCAUCUCGGCCGAGAAAGCCUUCCACGAGCAGCUCUCAGUCGCUGAGAUCACAAACAGUGCCUUCGAGCCAGCUUCCAUGAUGGCUAAGUGCGACCCGCGUCACGGGAAGUACAUGGCUUGCUGUUUGAUGUACCGUGGUGAUGUCGUCCCUAAAGACGUCAACGCAGCUGUGGGAACCAUCAAGACGAAGCGCACGAUCCAGUUUGUGGACUGGUGUCCCACUGGAUUCAAGUGCGGUAUCAACUACCAGCCCCCAACUGUGGUGCCAGGAGGUGAUCUUGCCAAAGUGCAGAGAGCUGUUUGUAUGAUCUCAAACUCCACAAGUGUCGCUGAGGUCUUCUCGAGGAUUGACCACAAGUUCGAUCUCAUGUACGCAAAACGUGCUUUCGUCCACUGGUAUGUUGGUGAGGGUAUGGAGGAAGGAGAGUUCUCUGAAGCUCGUGAGGAUCUUGCUGCGUUGGAGAAGGAUUAUGAAGAGGUUGGUGCUGAAGGUGGUGACGAUGAGGAUGACGAAGGCGAGGAGUACUAAAAAGAUGGUUUGUUUCUGAGUACUUGUGUCGUUGUGUGGGUGUUCUUAUUAUCUUUUGUGUUUCCGUGUUGGAGAAGGGCUCGAAACAUCCUUGUAACGAGUCUUACUUUGCGUGUUAGUUUGCAAAACUUGUGGCUAGUAGCCAUUUGAUUUUCUAUAUCUACCCCGUUUGUGUCAAUUCGUGCCUCUUGUUUAAUAUCUUGCAACUAUUUCAUUUAACCUCAACAAUUAAGUCCAGGUCGUGUCUCAUUGGAUAACAAAUAGUACCUUGUUACUCACAGCUCAUCAGAUAAUGUGCUAGCAUUUACCUUUUGUAAUAAUUAAAUUCCUCGACUUUGUUUUUAUUCAGUGCACCUUCUUUGGUUUCCAAUAUAAAAAAAUAGAAAAUUCUCACU